UAUUUCGAAGUAGGUGGAGCAAGAUGGCCGCUACCAUGAAUAAGUCUGAUCGGUUUCGGUUGAACCGUUUUCAAAUAUUUGAUUUCAUGUUAAGUCAGCGAAAGAUUCAUGAAUUAACAUGUUUGUUUGCUGUUAUAGUUAUUUUUACGUCCCAGUGUCAGGCAGACGAUGGUUACGACAUGGAUGACUUUUUAAAAAGGGAGUACUCUCUUACCAAACCGUACCAGGGUUUGGGAUCCUCCAGUUCCUCCUAUUGGGAUCUGAUGGGCAAUGCCAUGAUCACUACAGAGCAUGUGAGACUGACCCCUGACCUACAGAGCCGACAAGGAGCAGUGUGGAGCCGUGUCCCGUGUUACUUGCGUGACUGGGAGUUACAGGUGCACUUCAGGAUUCACGGUCACGGGAAGAAGAACCUGAAUGGAGAUGGAAUGGCUCUGUGGUAUACCAAAGAACGCAUGCAGAUCGGUCCCGUUUUUGGAAACAUGAACCACUUCACCGGCCUUGGGGUGUUUGUGGACACCUACCCCAAUGAAAAUAAGAACAAUGAGAAGAAGUACAAUCCUUCAACUCAGAGGGUCUUUCCAUAUGUGUCUGCGAUGGUGGGGAAUGGCACGCUGGCUUAUGAGCAUGAUCGCGAUGGCCAGUCCACGGAACUCGGCGGAUGCAAUGCUUUGGUGCGCAACAUUCCCCAUGACACCUUCCUGCUAGUCAGAUACAGUAAAAACAGACUUACGAUCCAGAUAGAUGUUGAAGGUAAACAGGAGUGGCAGGACUGCCUGGACCUCCCAGGGGUGCGCCUGCCUCAGGGCUACUUCUUUGGAGCCUCUUCUGCUACUGGAGACCUGUCAGACAACCAUGAUCUUGUCUCUAUGAAGCUGUACCAGCUGGCUGUGGAGCAUUCCCCAGAGGAUGAGGAAGAAGAGCUUACUAUCCCCAGUGUUGAUAACUUCGAGCAGUUGAACAAAGUGGAGGUGCAGGACGAGGGCAUGAGUGGAGUCCAGCUCUUCUUCACCAUAGUCUUCUCUGUCAUCGGUGUCUUUGUCCUGGUGGUGGUGGCCGUGGUCAUGUACGGCCGCUGGAAGGAGAAUAGCCGCAAACGUUUCUACUGAGCGGUGUAGUCCGUGGCGGCGUCCCAAGUAGCACUCUAACAUAUGCAGCGCACCUCUUUAGACCUGAGCCACUGUAGGGAACAGGGUGUGAUUCAGGAUGCAGUCAGAGUGGAAACCUCCAGGGAAAGAGCACAAGAGUGACAAUGAGGAUAUCCAUUUUUAAACAACAAACAUGUCGUCUGUCAUGAAUAGUUUUACUACAUAACAAUCUACGUCAAAAAUACCUCAACUGACAAACAUUUUCUCAGACCAUUUCAGCCAAAAUAAAUCAAAUGUGACCCUUUUUUAA